UGUCAUGAGAGCCGCGGCCGCGGCCCUGGCGCUAGGCGCAGGAGGCCGGGGCUGCUCCUCGGCGGCCGCCGCCGCUGCGGCUCGGGGGUGCGGACCGGCCGUGGACGGCGGAGGAGGCGCCACCUGAGCUCCGCAAGGCGCUGCCGAGGGGAGGCGCAGGGCCCUGGGGACCGUGCAGGCGCCGAGGUCCGGGCGGGCCUUCGGUCCUGACAGCCCAGCGCCCAGGAUGCCCCACAAGAUUGGCUUCGUUGUCGUCAGCUCGUCUGGACAUGAAGAUGGCUUCAGUGCCCGGGAACUGAUGAUUCACGCACCAACCGUCAGCGGGUGGAGGUCACCGAGAUUUUGCCAGUUUCCACAAGAAAUCGUCCUUCAGAUGGUGGAGAGGUGUCGAAUCAGGAAGCUGCAGCUGCUUGCCCACCAGUACAUGAUCCCAAGUAAAGUGGAGUUCUACAUCAGCGAGAGCCUGCCCGAGUACUUUGUGCCCUACCAGGCGGAGCGGUUCCGGAGACUUGGCUACAUCUCUCUCUGUGACAAUGAGAAGACAGGCUGCAAAGCCCGGGAGCUGAAGUCCGUCUACGUGGAUGCAGUAGGACAGUUCCUGAAGCUGAUUUUUCACGAGAACCACGUCAACAAGUACAACAUAUACAAUCAGGUUGCUCUGGUUGCAGUAAAUAUCAUUGGAGACCCUGCAGAUUUCAGUGAUGAAAGCAAUAUCACCUCUAGAGAGAAGCUGAUUGAUCAUUAUCUGGGGCACAACAGUGAGGACCCAGCUCUGGAAGGAACUUGUACUGGGAAAUCUGACUAUAUUUCUCCACUAGAUGACUUAGCUUUUGAUAUGUACCAAGAUCCAGAAGUUGCCCAGAUUAUACGUAAAUUAGAUGAAAGAAAACGUGAAGCUGUCCAAAAGGAACGUUACGACUAUGCCAAGAAGCUAAAACAAGCUAUUGCUGAUUUGCAAAAGGUCGGAGAGCGGCUCGGGCGGUACGAGGUGGAGAAGCGCUGUGCGGUGGAGAAGGAGGACUAUGACCUGGCCAAGGAGAAGAAGCAGCAGAUGGAGCAGUUCCGAAGCCAGGUGUAUGAGCAGCUGCAGCUACACAGCCUGGUGGACCCCGAGCCGGUGCGAAGGCCUUCCGACCUGCCCCUCCAGCCCCUUGCUCACUCUGCCAGUCCUCGCCACCAACAGCCAGUGCCGUCCCUCCCGCAAGAAGACAGGGCGCCAGAAAGCCAGUUUGCAGAGCCUUUCCUUCAGGAAAAGCCUCCAGCGCAUGCCCUGGGCCCUUCUCAGCACUCCACAGUGGACCUGUCACCACGCGCCACAGACCUUCAUCUCAAGACCCACGUAGGUAACUCGGUUUCAGAUUGUGUGCGGUUUAUUCAGCAGACACAUGCGGAGGACCCACAUGGUGCCAAGGCUUUCCCCGUGCAGGGGAUGGAUCAGGGCACACAGCCGCAGAGCCUUCCUGCCCAGAUGUUCCAGCAGCUCCAGUCCGUGCCCUAUGACGAGCGGCCCCUCCCUGCCUCGCGGAAGCAGCCAGCAGUGGCCCUGGAGCCAGAAAAGAGUGACAGUGAUGUCAGCGAGGCUCCCAGAGGAGGUGCGGCUGGAGAGCCGGAGCCCUUGACAGAGAAGGCCCUGAGGGAGGCCGGCCCCGCCGUGGACGUGCUGGGAGAGAGCCUGGUCGCCGGGGCCUAUUCCAAGACAUGGUCGUACCGGGAGGACGCGCUGCUUGCCCUGUAUAAGCGACUGAUGGAGACGCCUGCUGGAACCCCGAAGGAAGAGCUGAAGAGCAUGCUGCGCGCAUCUAUCUUUCUCGUGAGAAGAGCCCUCAGAGACAUAGUGACCCCGGUUUUUCAGGCUUCUUUGAAAUUGUUGAAAAUGAUAAUUACGCAAUAUAUUCCUAAACACAAACUGAGUAAGCUUGAAACCGCUCACUGUGUGGAAAGAACCAUCCCCAUCCUGCUCACCAGGACUGGAGACUCUUCUGCUCGCCUCCGAGUCAUAGCUUCAAACUUUAUUCAGGAAAUGGCCUUGUUCAAAGAAGUUAGGUCUCUCCAAAUUAUUCCAUCUUACCUGGUGCAGCCAUUAAAAGCCAACUCUUCGAAUCAUCUGGCGAUGAGUCAGAUAGGCCUCCUGGCCCGGCUUCUGAAAGACCUGGGCACCAGGGGCACGGGCUUCACCAUCGAUAACGUGAUGAAGUUUUCAGUGAGCACCCUGGAGCACAGAGUGUAUGAGGUUCGCGAGACAGCGGUUAGAGUUAUUUUGGACAUGUAUAAACAGCACCGGGCUUUUAUUCUAGAGUACCUCCCUCCCGACGACAACAGCAUACGCAAGAAUGUUCUCUAUAAAACAAUUUUUGAGGGAUUUGCUAAAAUAGAUGGCAGACCUACAGAAGCUGAAAUUAGGGCACAGAAGAAAGCAGCUACAGAAGAAGCAGAAAAACGAAAGAAAGAAGAAAUUAAAGCUUUACAAGGGCAGUUGGCCGCACUCAAGGACAUUCAGGCCGAAGCCCAGGGGAAAGAAGGCCCCUCGGUGGAGGCGGAGAGUCAGGACACACAAGGAGGGAAAGCAGCACCCCCGCCAGCUCCAGAAGUCCCAGAUAAUCACUAUUUGGAUAAUUUGUGUAUCUUCUGUGGGGAAAGGAGUGAGUCCUUCACAGAAGAGGGGCUGGACCUGCACUACUGGAAGCAAUGUCUCAUGCUGACGAGGUGCGCCCACUGCAAACAGGUGGUGGAGAUCUCCAGCCUGACGGAGCACUUGCUGACAGAAUGCGACAAGAAAGAUGGGUUUGGAAAGUGUUACCGCUGCAGCGAGGCUGUUCUGAAGGAAGAGCUGCCCAGACACAUAAAAACGAAGGAGUGUAACCCUGCCAAACCAGAGAAGCUGGCAAACCGGUGCCCUCUGUGCCAUGAGAACUUCUCCCCUGGAGAGGAGGCGUGGAAAGCUCACCUCAUGGGCCCCGCUGGCUGCACAAUGAACCUGCGUAAGACCCACGUGCUGCCCAAGGCUCCUGUUCUGCUGCCGGCAGGUAAAGGCCCAGCCACGGCCAAAUCGGGGCCCUCAGGAUCAAAGGUUGGAAGCAAGAUCCCAACCCCGAAGGGACUGAGCAAAAGCUCUGGCAGGACGUACACAAAGCAGUGACAGGACACGCGUUCUGUCUCCUUUGUCCCCACAAGGGACAGAGCAAGUUUCCUGACUGUGAACCAUCUCGCCUAAAACCUGUCCUUGGACAUGGUGACCCGUCCACCGCCGCCGCUGUCCCCCCGCCCUCGGCCCCACCCGUCCUUAGCUGUCGCGCCCGCUGCACAGCCGACCGAAGAACCUGCAUCCCGGGGCUAGGACCAAACCCCCCGCGGCUUCCAGCAGCCAGGCGUCCGACCUCCCAGCCCAGUGGGGACAGAAGAGCAUCAGCGUGUUUGAAGGGCACCGACAGCCUCGCCCGGGUGGGUCAGGCUGCGGAAGGUGUAGUGUGAGCACAGCGCUCUCCCUCACGGGCUCGCCGUCGUUCCCGUAAAGGCUUCACUGUGAGCCUGGUGCAUGUUGGUCCCCCUCGCCCGUGUGGCAGCACGCCCUCCGGGCCUUGGCGCCCCGGCAGUGGGAACCGGCCGGGCGGGAGAGACGGCGUGCGCGAGGCUCUUCGGGCGCCCUCCCCCGCCCCUGCCCGGCGCACCGUCUCACCCGUGUCCGCGGGCCCGCGCUCCGCCCUCUCACAGGCCACGGCGCGUGGCUCCGCCCGCGGCACUCGUGAGGAGCGCCGGGGCCCGUGAGGAACGUGGGGUCCGCGGCAGUCCCCCCGGCUCCGAGUCAGGGCUGUGCUCAGGGCGCUCACGUCCCCUACACGUGGGCAGCCCCCAGACAGAAUUAUGAAGGGACUGUCCCCUAAUUGUGCUGAGCUCACCUGACCACCUCGGUCGAGCAACCCUGUCCUCAGCCCUAGAGGCAGAUGUGGCAUUGCGGACGCUGGCACGGAGUAGCUUCUGCUUCAUGUACAUCACAAGCGAGCCUCCAGCCCAGACCGCAGAGCGUCUGCCUCGGGCCUGUCGUGCUGCCCCUCACACAUCUACGCUGGAAUUGGGACCGUAAGUUGGUCCUGGGAUGCCCCGAACACCAAACACCACUUCAAAUGAGGAACCCAGACCUCGCUCCUGGCCAGCCAUCGGGCCCCCCGGGCAGUGGGCCCGCGCACGUCCCCUGCAGGCGGCUGUGGCAACCAGCCCGUGUGCGUCAGCAGUCUGCUGGGAGGCGCCCCGGUGUGUCCCCCCGCGCAGGGCUGUACUCCCCGCCGCCGAGCUUCCCCGGGGACCCGAGGCAGCUCGCCCUUCCUUUCCCACCGUGCGGCCUCACGAGCGUCAGCAGGCUCUCCAAACACCAGCGAGAACUGGGUGCAGUGGAUGAAAUGUGGACUAUAUGAUUAGUGCGUAAGUAUUCUGAGUUCCCAACCGUGUGAGACAGCAAAGUGUAUUUUAGAAGACCCCUAACAGCUGUUUGAGUGGUGUACUCCCUGAGGACGUUCGUGACUGUGAAUUUGCACGACUCUCUCCAUCCUGGGCGAACUAAUACCUUCUCAUACACAGCAAGAAUAAGACUGAGAGAAUUACCUUUAAAAACAAUAACCAAUUGAAAAAUAAAAAGUAUAUGGGGAGAAAUAACAUAAACCUUCAGUGGACAGAGCAGAGUGCAGAUGCCAACCGAUGACCCACGAGCCUUCCUGGCCUGGGAACAGCAGCUCAACCUGCCGGCCCGUCCUCCGCGUGCAGACCAGCCGCUUCCGUAACCAGAGCAGUGGUGACACGGGUUAGUGAAGGAACCAUUCCUUCCUCUCCGAUCAAAACUUUCAAAUAUCUGUGUCCUAUUUUCUAUGUAUUAUAACAUGUAACUUAAAAAAAUAUUUGUAAAAAUACUUAAUUUUAGUGAUUGACCAAAUCGGGUGCAUUUAAGACCAAUUAGCGUUGUUGGUUACGGAAGAAUCGUGCAUUUAUGUUGAAAUGAUCCCUAGCAGUAACUUGUGGCCACUGAAAGCCUUACAGAGUUAGAGACUAUUAAGGAACCACAAAUAAAAGAUAAAAAAUUUGGAAGGAACUGUAAGAUCCCUUGGCCAUUUAUAAACAAAUAUGUAAAUUUGGAACAGGAAUUAAUAAUUGACUUUUCAUUACUGAAUAUGUUGUGGAUAUUUAACUAUUUAUUUCUAUUAUUUUCAUAUUUCAGAAUAUUUUAUCAAGCUAAUUUAAAAAAAUGUGUAUAAAUUUGGCAUCAGAAUACACAUGUAAAUACUUUUAAUGAAAAUUUGCAACUUUUUAAUGUUUUAACAUAGUUUUCUAUUUGUCUUUAUUUCGGGUACCAGAAUUAUAAUAUCUAACUAAUAUAUUUUUGUUGUUACUUCUGGGGCUAGGGGUCACUUCACCCUGAGCAUAUGAACAUAAUAAAAAGAUCACUAAAAGAG